AAAUGUACAUAUACGGAAUUUUUUGAAUUACAGAUGCCUGGAAGAGAUACCUGGGUUAUUUGAUGUACAGUUACUUUGUGAAUUUCUGUGUGUUCCUGGCGCUGGUUCUGGUCAAGCAUUGGCACAGACAAGUACAACUGACCACUGGUAACUAUAACCCCCUGUAUACCAAGGACAACAUGGAAGAAGAGGAAAAACUUGACAACUAUUACGUAGAAAAAGAGGGUGAAGAUUCUAAUGUGAAUGCGCUUGAUCUGUCUGAAAGUAAAACAGAAUUCGAUGAAACUAUUACAUCAGAUGACUACUGUAUGAAGGGGCGUGAUUGUGAUGUAGGAGUGCAUCAUCAAUGCGUGAGUUUGGAGACUGAAGAUUUAGAGGAAAUUCCAACACCAUGUGGUGAUGGGAAUACGUCUUAUACCAGACGUAGAUAAAUAAAGAUUGAAAUAAAUCAUGAAAAUUGUUGUGUUCAAUGCUUCGUAUUUAUCAAAUGGACCCUUUCUUGUGUCUGCUAUUCAAAAUCAUAGGUAUAAACAAGAAAACCAGCAAUUUGAAUCCCUAUAUCGAGAUUCAUGAAUGUUUGUACCCAAAACUUCUGUCACAUCAGGCCUGUAGUCCAAAAAUUGAGAACAGAUUCAGG